AUGGUCGCAUUCUCCCGUCUCGCUUUUGCACUUGCCGUCACCGGUUUCAGCUGCGCUCAAUCUUUCAACGGCGAACUCCCCAGCAACCUCCCCUCCGGCAUGCCUCCUAUGGGAACUGGAAUGCCUUCUGGAGCUUUCCCCAGUGGCGCCGCUCAGCCAUCCGACCACAUGCAUGGUGGACAUGGCCAUCGUGGACCUCGUCCCAGCGGUGUAGCUCAAGCUCAACACGCACAUGAUAGCAGAGUUCCUUUUGGUACUGGUAUGCCUUCCGGCUUCCCGAGCGGUAUGGCUCGCCCUACCGGCGGUAUGCAUGGCGGCCACGGCGGCCACGGUGGACAUGGUAGCAAGUUGCCCGAGCCAACUGGAUCCUUCUUCGCCGUUCCUACUGGCGUAGAGAAGCGUCAAGAGUCCGGAGAGCCCUCUGAUAUACCGUCUGGUUCUAAGCCUCCCCAUGGUCCUCAUUCCCGUCCUACUGGCAUACCUUCCGGCGCCAUGCCUCCUCAUGGUGCUCGUCCUACAGGCGCCCGUCCCUCUGGAAUGUCUCGUGGACCUCGUCCUUCUGGAGCUAUGCCGACGUAUGCUCCUCGCCCAUCCGGCAUUCCCACUGGUCCCGCUCCUAGCGGUUUCUCUACCUCGAUCGUUCGUGCGUGA